AGGCGGUCCUCCGCCAGGUCCAACCGACGGCGGGAGGGAGCAAGAAGGGCAGGCGGGGCUUGAACGCUCCUUCCGCCCCGGGCCCGGAAGGGUGAUGUGGCUGGGGCUUCGCCGGCCUCACUAUGUCUGCCAUUUUCAAUUUUCAGAGUCUUCUGACUGUAAUCUUGCUGCUUAUAUGUACCUGUGCUUAUAUCCGAUCUUUGGCACCCAGCAUCCUGGACAGAAAUAAAACUGGAUUGUUGGGCAUAUUUUGGAAGUGUGCCAGAAUUGGUGAACGGAAGAGUCCUUAUGUAGCAGUGUGCUGUAUAGUGAUGGCCUUCAGCAUCCUCUUCAUACAGUAGCUUGGCAAAAUGCCAGAAUUUAAUAGCGAUCAGAUUUCAAUAUAUAAAAGGACUUAUCAACAGAAAAUAAUGGAAAGAAUGGUUUACCCUUUUAUCUCGGAACACUGAAUGAGAUAAAUUUCCAGCUGCUGGUCUCUAUUUUUUGUUACUGGACCAAUGUUCUAUAUAAAUAAUUAGGAUGUAACCAUUUAAUACAGAAGAGUUUAAUAUGUCUGUAACAACCUCAGUACUGUCACUACAAUAUUGCAUUCUGCAAAUGUCAUUCUGUUGUGUCAGAUACCAGCUUUUGGUAAGGUAUCUUAGAGCACAUAGUAGAAACAAAAUUGGUAAAUAACUCAAGUUUCUUUCACUGUGAUUUGGAAAUGAUAAAUCUUUAUAGAAUGAGACUUUUUGGACUAGGUUUUUUUAUUGAAAAAAGUUUCAAUUUAUGUUGGUAAAGAUUGCAUUCAUAUUUAAUGUAAUGCUUGCUUUUUUUUUUUCUGGCCACACCAUUUUGAGCAUUAACCACAGUACCUCUACGUUUAGCAAACUUCCUACUUUACUGCAGGUGUUUAAACUAUUUACAGUAAACCAAUACAGUUCUUAAGGAGGAAGAUAAAUGAGAUGUACUUUAAGAGUAGUAUUGGGAAAAUGUUUAUGUUUAACAAAAGAAUUUAGAAUUACCAAUUCACAUAGUAACCUAUGAAUCAUCUCUGGUCAAGUAUGAAUAAAUAAAUGUCUUAAGUAUAAAUUUGACCAGCUAACUGUUCUCUGAAAAAGAUUACAUUCUUAGUGUUUUUCAUUCUUUUUAAUGACAGGUUUUAAAAAUGAAACACUUAACCUUCAUUGGCCCCCAAACAAACUUUUUUGGUGGUAUUUUCUUAAUAUUGCACUUUAAAUCUAGUUCAUGUUUUUAUGUCCAUCUGAACUGGAAUCGCAUGAAAUUUAAUUGAUUAUGAUAAACAGUUUUCAAAUCUGUUUACCCAUAUACCAUGGCUUAAGUUUUUGAACUCUGAUAAUAAAGGAAGGACUUGAGCAAUUUUCAGUUGAGUCAAAAGAAAUGUUGGGAAUGUGACUUAAUAAAUAUUAAAAUUGAGCAGUUAAGUUAUGGUUAACAUUUCUUAAGGUUCAACUGAAAUUGAUUUAAAAUUUCAAAGCUAAGAGAAAUUUAAAAUAUUAACUAAAAAGUAACCAUUAUAGAUAGUGUUAGAUACUCUCAGCUAUUCAUGAGUGUAUAAAGAAGAAACCCUUUUUCUUUUUAAGAAAUGAAAAUUAUUUGGCAUAUUUAAAGUGAGUCUGUUAGUAGCUCUGUCUUCAGAAACAUAGUAGGAACUGAAAGCCACCUAUUUUUAAAGACCACUUUAACUGCUUGGAUAGAAUUCUAAGAACCAUCUAAGAAAAGCUUCUACACAUUGCCUGCUUUUUUGUAAAAGAUAAAAGCGGCUCUAGAUUAUCGAUAUAUUUGUUCAUUUUACAUUUUUUAUCUAUAGCAGAUUAAAAGUGGUAUGUUUUGCUCUAGACAGGAAUUUGAGUUGUAAUUAUUCCUACUCUGAACUGUCUCUUGGGCUUUGCAUUACAUCUAGGAUUUUCAGGGUAUUCCCUGAAUAAGGCCCCUGUCAGCUUAUACAUGCAGCAUAAGUCACCUUUUAGAGUCUAGUUUCUGAAUGACCAUCUGUUAUCCAACUUGUGUCAAUAAGACUUCCUAAAAGCUAUGUUAACUAAUUUUUUAUAUGCUAACUCAAAUCUAUUAUGGAAAAGGAAAGAAUAGAUCAGUUCUAAGACAUUUCUUUGAUUGGUGUUCAAAAGGAAGCAGGUGGAAAUAAUUUCUUUGGAAUAUUUGUGGUGACAUACAAAAAAUGUUGCUAUUUGUAAAUGUUCAACAGAGUGGGAAACAGCUUAUUUUUGACCAUAGUCAUUCUGAUCUUUUGAAACAAGCUCUUUGGGAGGUAGGGGGAAACAACAGGAUUCUAUGAAAAGAAGCAAUUAGCAUUUUCUUUAAUGUUUUUUUUUUCAAAGCUUUACCACUGAAUCCUGUUCUCUAACCCAAAUAGUAGUGUAGGUAGAUUUAAGCCCAUGGAAUAGUCAUAGUCCUUUCGUGGUCUUGGUCGGGGGUAAGAUGCCAAAGAGGGUCAAGGGACAGUUUAAGCAUCAGAUUAACGGCCAUAUAGUCUUGCUGCAGGGCUGGAUAGGAUGAUGGUCACUGAAGUUCACAAUUUGCUUAGGUUCAAAUACUUGCUGUAAUCUUCCUGGCUCCAGAAUCUUUGAUUCCAUCUCCCCUGGGAUUGUGUGUAUGUAUGUACGUGCUGAUGUUUAGUUUCUCAUCAAACUCAACUGUGCCAAUGGCAGCAAUAUGUUUUCUUUCCCAGCAGCCUUAGAAGACAUUCGGUGAAAAGGCCACAUAGUCUGCUGCAUUAUCUCUGGCUUAAAAAAAUUUAAAUUCAAGUCCAAUGUGUUGUUAAUGUCUAUGCUGCUGUGUCAGGCACUAUCCUGUAUGUGCUAAUGUUCAAAUUCAAAAUAGCUCUUUCAUGCUGGGGGGAAUAAUAACAUGUCAUUUGUAAUCAACUCAAUAAUUUGCAGAUCAGUGUAGUUUUAUCUUAGAAGUUUAAAUGAAGAACUUCUCCCAGUUUGCAAAGUCACAAUGAACACAUCUCUAUCUUGUUCUGUGAAAAAGAUCUAGCACUUGUAAACAGAAUAUUUCUGUUUCACCAUUUUUUUUCAAGAAACAUUUAUAGAGAGCAUACUGUGUAUUAUAAUCAUUGAAGACAGAAAACAAGUAUAGUUUCUUCUCUCCGGUAGUUCAAAAUGUAGUGGGUGAGAGAGGUGAAGUUAUUUAUACUAAGUAUAAUAUGAUAGCAUUUAUCAUUGAUGAUGCCAGAGUUUUAGAAGAAAAUAAAAGUGUGACAACUCAGAAAUCGGAACUUCCUUUCAGAGAAGCAAUGCUUAUGCUGAAUUUAAGUAAAAAUGAUAAGCAAAAGCUAUAACAGUGUAUCUUGGACUGUGUCUAGUUUGUGCAAUUUGGGGAGUAUUAAGACAUAAGUCUAGAAAGGUGGGCAAAGGUCAGAUCCUAUAGGCUCUUGUAUUCUCAUUUCUACAUAGUUCCUACCUCAAAAUUAAAACUGAACAUGUGUUCCUUCCUGCUUGGCAAAAAGAUUUCAAGAAAAAUAAAUUCUCUCGGGCUAUAUGUAAAUAAGAUUGAAUAUGCCCAUGCCAACCUUAUUUUGGGUCAGGAAUACCAUCAUAUACUCUCCAGACUCCUCUGUAUAGGAUACAAGGCUGAGGUGACUAACCUAUGAAGUCAGGUGUUUUUAGGAACUCUUUAGUAACUCAUACUUCCAUCAAUUCCAAAAACAGUCAUGAUUGUUAAAGGGCACAUCUGCCAAGAAGACGAGGUGGCUGCAUUUUCUAUAUUUCUUAGAUACACAGAAAAGAUUUCCAAUAAGCAAGCUCUUGUGUUCUUUUCAUAGGCUUUGAGAUAUUACUGGGUCAUAGGAAACAAAACAUGAAUAGAAGACUCUUAGACCCUACUCUCCGCAUUCUUUGAUAUUCCAAAAACAUUAGAUAAUUCAAAAUGCAAAUACCUGAGUAACAGCAUUGUAAUACUUCACAAUCUUGCUAGCCUCAAUCAGCAAGAAGCUACUAACUUCCAAAAUGAAAUUGCAUAAUUAUGUCAUUUAUACACUGCCUUCCCUGGUUUCUUUUACUAUGCCCUAAACUGAUCCCAAAAUCUCGCUACUACAACAUUGGAAAAAAAGGAGGGAGUUGAAAUAUAUUCUGAUUUUCUAAGAGUUCAGAAAUCAUUCUUCUCUGGCUAGUGCACAUGUCUGUGAUGUGUAAUAAAACUAAAAAUGAACUCGAGUCUCCUAGUUUUAUUAUCCAGUGAAUGAAAACAGACCUGUUAGGGGUUGAAAAAUAUAUUGGAGUUGCACCUUUUGAAUAAGAAAUGUACCUGCAUUUUAAUUCAUGACUGAUGGAAAUUUGGGAGCUGCGCAUGUUCUUGUUUCCAUCUCAAAGCUGUUCAGUCUAUUAUGUUGCUGAUACUUUGUACCUUCAUUUAAAUGUGAAGCCAUUAAUUCCUCUAAAGAUGGUUGACAUCUAAUUCUGAAUGACAAUUAUUUUCUAUCUUGUCCUCAACUGACAGCCCUCAAAUGCCCAAACAUCCUAGCCUCAUUUUUGGUCCAAAGUCUUAAUCUGUAAGAGUAUCCAUCAGGGUCAUAUUAUUCCGCUAAUUUAUGUCUUUUAUUGAAGAAAAAGCUUAUAUGCCUUGUUUGGGGUCUUUCUACUGUUUUAUCUUCCUAGCACUGAACACACACAAAAAACCUUUGUUACCCCAGUUACUAGAAAGAAUUUACUUAGCCAAAUGAAACUACAUUUUUAGUUGAUUUCUGCUCAAAAAACAUUCAGAUAUGAAAAGAAAAGCAGUUGUUUCCUUUGAUGUAUUGUAAGCCUCCAUUUUUCCAUCAUAGCUACCAAUUGAUAAUCAGACUAAAGGAAAACUAAAUUUCUUUAAGGGUAAAUAAUUUCAAAAUAGCUUGAGACCACUGAAUUUAACAGAAAGCAAAAUCUGUUUUGAAUUCAGAGGGUUUGCAUUAAUAUCCUUGACAUUUGUGGGGGGAGAACAAAUAUUGGAAAUAGGGGUAAGUCAUUACAUACUUUGUAGAGGAUGAGAACAUUCAGGAGUUGCAAGAUACUUAGACAUUACUGCUAUUUGGGUUUUAUUUGUAGAAGAAAUAUGUAAGGUAUCAAAUGUGAUGAAGUACUGUGUCUAGGUUAAAUACUGGGAAAAUAAUGUGCAAGGAUAUUAGACUUAAAUGACACUUAAGGCAUGAAGGAUUUCAAGGAGGCCAGCAGCAAAAUAUUUGCAGAAUUGAAAUGUUUAAAGUGAUCUACAGGCUCAGACCAACACCAAAAGAAUUGGCCUUUGGAAAUUAAAAGUUAGGAAAAUAGUUGAAAAUACUCUUUCAGCAAUAUUUUACUGGGCUUCCUGAAAAACAAGAUGAUACUUCAUUUUGACUUUAAUAAAAAUUAUGUUUAUUCUUUGCUUAUAUUUUAAUACUAUUCAAAAAUGGGGCCUCUUAAUUCUUGGGAAAUAAGAAUACUUUUACUUGCAAAGUAUGUUUAAGAAGUUAAUAUGAAAUUUAAGGGAAUUGUAGAAGUAAUAC